CAGACCGAUCUGGGGGAACAAUUGUCUAAAUAUAGCUGGACUUGUUUUGUUUUGGUUCUCCAUCGAGGCCGACGUUUAGUUUAGAAUACAAUGGUUAAUAAACAGUUUAAUGGUUAAGAAAUAUUAGUCUCUAACUUUUUUGGCAAUGGGGUCAAUGAAAUUCGGCGUUGGACAAGAAAAUUCAGCGACGAUGACCACAAUGGCAGAGGCCAAGUUGGAGUGCCAGGGAGUAAAUAACCAGACCUAUAUCUGUGAGUCUGGUCACUGCUGUGGAGAGACACAGUGCUGCAGCUACUACUAUGAACUGUGGUGGUUCUGGUUGGUGUGGACUCUGAUCAUUAUCCUGAUAUGCUGCUGUGUAUGUCAGCACUGGCGCUCCAAGCAGCGCUUCCAGCAGCAGCGCCGGCAGAACGAGAUUAACCUCAUCGCCUACAGAGAGGCUCACAACAACUCUCAGCUUCCCCUUUAUCUCAGAUUCUUGCCCACCUAUCUGCUACCAGCAUAUGAAGAGGUAGUUGACCGCCCAGCCACACCACCUCCUCCCUACACCCCUCUCCAGCCAGCAACUUCACCCACAGACCCACCUGAGGAAUCUCCAUGCCCCCACUCGGCUAUCUUUGUCUCCAGUGAUGCUGAUGCAGUGCUCUGUGCUACUCCAGAGGCCACGCAGACCCACCUACACAGUGCUUACAACCCUAACAAGGACUCAACGCCGGGCAGGUACCGGCGCUUCACAGGGGAUUCUGGGAUUGAGGUAUGCGAUGGUCAGGAACUGUGGGAUCAGCACGGCUUUUUAGAAAGAGAAGAAGAGAUAGAGGAACGGGGAGUAGGGCAAAUGGAGGACCCAUGUGAUGGCUGUGGUCCCAGGAACUUUGAAAACAGCCACAUUAGUGAACCAGUCAUUCAGGAAAAUACAGAUGGACAUACAGAGCCACCAUCUCUUAGGUAAUCCAGAAUGAUGACUUUAAUAUCUGCAGAAACAAAACUUUGCAGCAGUCACUGAUGCAGUAUACCUUUGGUGCUCAGGGGUUUGGUCUUUUAGUACAUGUGUAACUUUGACACCAGUGUGACAGGCCUGGAGACAAAUGAAAGGUAUGACUAAAUUUUUCAACAAUUUCCAAAAAUUUAAAGCUACAUUAUGCAAAUUGUGAUUUGAAGUAGAAAGUAUGUUGUUAGCCAAGCUCUUCUCCUCCUCAUGUUCUAGUUUAAUUUUGGUAAGUUGCUACUCAUGUUGAUGAGCUGUUUGCAUUGAAAUAUUACUUUGAUAUAUGCAGCACUAAUAUUCAUGUUCACUUACACGGUUCUUUUCUUUAGCCCCAGUUAAAAAGAGAUCCCACUACACGGUUGUUUUUAAAAAGACACUUCAUCAUGCAGGCUUUGCUUGUUUACACUGAACCAAGGAUUCAGUUUCAGAGGUUUAACGCGCCGCUAUGUUAGGUGUGAUUCCUCGUCCAAAGAAGGACAGGUUCAACUGGACUGAUCAGCCAGAACACUGUCCUUACAAACAGGCACAAAGAAACGCCACAUACCAAAAUUAUGGAGCAAUGCUAUACACAAAGUUUUCUCAUCAUUAAGCUCACCUGUCAAUUUCACUGACAGACCAGUAAAACAACAGGUCCUCUUUGCAUGUGGGGCUCUGGGGUCUUCAGCUGUUUCCGGUUUUUAUAUAUCAUUUAUACUCAUAACCGUCUUUGUCUACACAUUUUGAAUCUUCAACCACAAAACAUUUACAGUCGAUUCACACUUACCACACGUAGGCAUUGCCACCAUAAUGCCACAUGUGACAGCAUUCAGGUUCAUAGGAGCAUGUGAUUUGCUCCAGACAAGUUUACCUCUGAACUGCAGCUGAGCUGAUGACAGAGCCACAUUGUUCAUCAAUUUAAGAUGCACAUUUUAGCUUAGGACAAUUGUCGCACGAUUGGAGGUUUCGAAAAUGUUCUGCAUUUGAUUCUUUCCUAUGGAUGCUGACAAUUUGAACAUGUUUGCUCUGAUCAAAAGUCUUAAAUCAAGUCAGUCAGUGUGACUUACGAAAGAAGAGAGUGAGCAGGGAUACAUUUACUAAAUACAGCAGAUUACAGCUUAAUUUAACACUAUUGCAAAUGAAUUGGCAUGUUCACCAGAACCAACUCAUAAUAUCAAGGUUAAUUGCAAAAUAUUCUCGUAGAAAAUAGGUUCAACAAUAUGUCUGUAUAUGUAUCAUUCAGGAGUUCAUACAGAAAAACUCCAGUUGUGCUGAAAUGUUGUGUAUAAAAUUGUUUAAAGAUUGUUUUGAAGGUAUGUUGAAAAGCAUACUCUGAUUGAUCCCUUGCAUGUUUGUACACUGCAUCGGUUUUUCUCAUGCAGGAUCAUUUUAGUAAAUGAUCAUUAACCCUUGUAUUCAGUCUCUGGUCACCUGUUACACUGGUGUUAAUUAAAGAUUCUAAUGCCAUAGUGCCAUAUGUGUAGCCUUAUGUAGCCUUUGAGUAGAAAACAUUAAGUGAACUUAAUCAAAGCUCUGGAGUCUCUCUUAGAGCUGAUAACUGAAUAACCAGUCAGUGUACUCAAUAACAGAUUUUUCAUCAUUUAAUAAAUGUUAUAGUUGUGUUUCCCUGUAGUUUGCAAAAAAGUUCUGCACACAUUGAACCUGUGUUAAAUGCUGCACAAACAAUUAUGAAUCUCAAUAUUUGGAUAAGAAUAUCUGGUUAUUCUGACAGCAUACAUGAGUUUGUGUUGGAGGAGGUUGGUUGUAGUCCAUAAGUGUGUGUAUACCAAGGGAAUGACUGGUGCAAUUGGACAACACACUCCGUGUAUAAAUGUGUCCAGCUGUUGGGAAGCUGACAGUGAAACCCAAACCUUACAGUGCACUGAGGAAACUUUGCUCCAUUAGAGUCUUUUGAGCACUUUUCCACAUAUGCAGCAUUGAACAGUGGUCUUCAGCACCUGGUGCUACACUCUGUAUACUGUAUAUGCUCUUUAUUAUCUGCUGAAUAAAAUUAUAUUUUUCUGUUG